AAUAUCCGUUGUAGUGAUUAUGUUUUAUUUUGGUAUUUUUCAAAGGUUUUACGAAAAUUUUGAAAAUCCUCAAAAGGCUGUUAAGGCGAGUAGAACUACUAAAUAUUCUCGAUGCAGAUACAUUCGCUGGGAAAACAAUAAAUUAGAAAUCACGGACUAUUCUUACCCUAAACUCGUUUACAGUCUGCAUCCUAGUGUUCUGGGGCUCGAGUAAAGAAUUGUUUGUGAGCCUUCUCGAACUACGUCAGGGUUCUUUGAAUUUUUAGUAAGGGUUCUUUCAAGAGAUCCCUGCCUAUUGUUGGGAUCUGCAGUGGAAGCAAGUUGAAAUUAGAACAUUUGAGUGGUUAAUCAGUAGUGUGGCAAAUGAAAGGAACGAGAGCUGUCGAUAAUCAGAUAGAACAUU